AUGAGAGCUUAUCGAAUUAAUAUAUCUAUUGAACUACGUGAUGGUGAAGGUGAUGAUGAAAUUCGCUGGAAAAUUGAUUGGGGUAAUUAUUCAACAGAUGGUUUAUUUCGUAUUGCUCGUUAUAAUCAAAAAUGGCGUGGAGGAUUUUUCUCUUGUAAUGGAUUCGAUGCUACUGUACCAGAACAAACAAAAUCAGAUCUUACAUUCGGUUGUGUCUGGGAACAUCUUAAUUCUGUUCAUGAUGAAACACCAUUACAUAUAUUAUUAUGGGGUGGUGAUCAAAAUUAUAUUGAUUUUAUGUUUGAAGAUAUUCCAUACUUAAAAGAUUGGGUCGAUAUGGAAUGGAAUGAAAAAUGGACAUGUGAUUUUCGUAAAGAUUUAGAACAUCAAGUAGAAGAAUAUCAUUUUAACACUUAUGUUCAAAACUGGGAACGACCAGAAGUAAAAAAUGCAUUAGCAUCAAUACCAAGUUUAAUGAUGUGGGAUGAUCAUGAUAUAUUCGAUGGUGCAGGUUCAUAUCCUCCUUUACUUCAUGACAGUCCUAUGAUGACAGGUUUAUUUAGAGCUGCACAAAAACUUCGACUUUUAUUUCAACAUCAUACAACACUCGAAAAAGCACAAGAACAUGGCCUCUUUGGAUAUCAAGGUUACAAUUUUCUGGCACAUUGCGGUCCUGAUUUAGUUAUUAUUGGCUGCGAUGGACGUACCGAACGAAAUACAGAAAUAGUUCAUCACCCAAAAACUUGGGAUAUGAUUUUUGAAAAUUUAGAAAAUUAUGUUAUGGACAUUACACAUUUAAUUGUUUUAUUUCCUGUGCCUUUUUCAUUUGUUCGAUUUAAAUUAGGUGAAUCAAUUUUACACUGUUUAAAAAAUCUUCCCAAUAAAUGUCGCACUGUUCCAGUUGUUAAGAAAACAAAUUCAAUAUUUGGUUUACCUGAACUCUAUGAUGAUCUUCUUGAUGAAUUUACACAUAAAGCACAUAUUGAAGAACGCAAUCGUGCAUUAUCACGUUUUCAAGAAUUAGCAGAUAGAAAAAAAGUAAGAAUAACAUUUUUUAGUGGUGAUGUACAUUGUUGUGGUGUUGGUCGUUUUCAAACUCGACUUAAGGAUGGUCUAGAACCUAUCAAUGAUAGUAAAUUAAUGUAUCAAGUUAUUUCAUCUGCUAUUGUUAAUAUGCCAACACCUCGACGAUUUCUUCGUGCAGCUCAUUAUGUGCAAACAAAAUGGCAUCCUAUAGAAAAUACAGAAGAAGAAGUGAUCGAUUUUUUUCAACGUUUACCAGAAAAUGGUAGAAAACUGAUGCAUAAAAAA